CUAUGGGGGUGGGGCCGGGAAAAGUCACAUGAGGCAGGAGACCCGGAAGUGCUCGGCAGUAAUAUCUGUGUCAGUGUGAGACUGUGAGGAGCUGGGCUUCUGAGGAAGGGGCUGCGCUAAAGGCGGCACUUCCACCGGUGGCGCCCUGAUUCCCUUGGCAUCUCUCUGUGCCACAAUGAUCGCCAUGGAUACAAAGCAAGUGGCUGAGAAGAUCCUGAAUCUGACCCUGGAGACCAUUUUCUUCCUGACGGGAGAGGAUUAUAUUGUGGUGAAGAAGCAGAGAGAGCCGAACAGAGAGAGUGCCGGUACCUGCAUAGCAGAGGGGCCCUGCCCAGUAAGGAAUCCCUUGCCUAAACCUCCUCCCAACUCCCACAUCCAUGAUGGGAACAUCCUAGCGCUCACUCACACAAUUGUCCAUCUGCUGACCGGAGAGGUCCUUAAUCGCUGUAAGGAUGUCUCUUUUGGCUUCUCAAUGGAACAGCAAGAACAGCAGCACCGCAUGGAGAGUCGGCAGAACCCACUGCCCCUGGGCCAUGACAGCUUCAGUACUGAGAUCUCCAGGAACGAGAGCCUCUCGGAAUAUGAGACAGACUGUACGGAUCCCCCAGAGAGAAAAAUGUACCUUAGUCCCCCUGCAGGGGAAUCCAGCGACGGAAACUCUCCGCCCACAACUCCCGGGGACCUUUAUGGGCAGGAGUCUCUGGGGGAAGAGAAUUUUGUGAUACAGGAAUUCCAGGUUAAAGAAGAGGAUGAGGCCUUCCUGCCGCAGUGCGACGAUGAGCAAAUUCCUACAGAGAUCAGCACAGGUGGAGCUGGCAGCUGGGAGAUGCCAGACGGAGAGCACCAUUCUGCUCCGGAGCUUCCCCUCAUUGCUGAGCAAAGUGCAAACACAUUAAGCGAACAUUCGGCUACAGAAAGGGCAAGUAAGCGCGCGAGACUGCAUUACAUCCAGAGGCGCGAAGAGAGAGCCGCCGGCGAAAGGGAGAAACUGUACUUGUGUUCCAAAUGUGGGAAAGGUUUUACCGACCAAUCGGCUCUCAUUAAACACCAGAAACUCCACAAGGGCCCCUUUACCUGUUCCCAGUGCGGGAAGAGCUUCAACUGGAAGUCCAACCUUCUGGUGCACGAGAGAAGUCACGCCGGGCAGAAGCCCUUCACCUGCUCCGAGUGCGGAAAAUGUUUUGCCCACAAAUCGACUCUGGUGAAACACCAGCUGUUCCACAUGGGGGCCUUUACGUGCUCCGAAUGCGGCAAAGGCUUCAGCCAGAAGUCCAAUCUCUUGGUGCAUCAGAGGUGCCACACCGGCCACAAACCCUAUUCCUGCUCCGAGUGCGGCAAAAGUUUCAGCCAAAACUCUAACCUGAUUAUACACCAGAGAAUCCACACAGGGGAGAAGCCAUUUUCCUGCUCUGAAUGCGGGAAGUGCUACACCCAGCACGCCAGUCUCCUCGUGCACCACAGGGCUCACACUGGCGAAAAGCCUUACGUCUGCUCCGAUUGCGGCAAAGCUUUCACUCGGAUGACGAACCUUGUUACGCACCAGCGCCGGCACAAAGAAACCCCUCUGAUCUGACUCUUCCCGAUGCCAACUUUCUAUAAAGGGGCUACUCACCUUUGAGUUAACUUUCAGUGUGAUGUAGAAAGUGCUUUAUUUUUGUUUUAAUAU